CACUAGAUUAUUCAAAUCAGUUUCAGUUAUCAAUUGUAUAGCAGCACAUAAAGUUCAUAAACAUGAAAUUCAAUAAUUUCUGCUUAGUAAUCCUUUUGCUAUCCUUGGCUAAUAUCUCGUUGGCCAAGACUUUUUCGCGCUGCUCUUUGGCCAGGGCAAUGUACGCUCUAGGUAUACCGAAAUCAGAAUUGGCUCGUUGGACUUGCAUUGCUGAACAUGAAUCAAAAUAUCGCACCGACAUUAUUGGUCCUGCCAAUUCGGAUGGUUCACACGAUUAUGGGAUUUUCCAAAUUAAUGAUCGUUAUUGGUGUCAACCGAAUGGUGGUCAUGCCUCUAAGAAUAAUUGUCAUGUUAACUGUAAUUCUCUCCUCACCGAUAAUAUUAAAGAUUCGGUUAUGUGUGCAGAAAAGAUUAAGAGUAUACAGGGUUGGAAAGCCUGGAGUGUUUGGAAAUAUUGUAGUGGUAAUUUACCUAGUAUUAAUGAUUGUUUUUAAGAUGAGUUUUUGAAAUAAAAUGUUAUGAUUUUUAA